AUGAGGUCAAAGCAACGAGAUGAUAGAGAGUCUCUUUCUCUCCCUGUGGAUUUGAUGAUAGAGAUUCUUAUGAGGCUGCCUCCGAAAUCGUUGGCAAGGCUCAGCUUUGUGUCAAAACUUUGGUUAUCCAUAAUCCACGAACGUAAAUUCGAUCUGUGGAUUCUAAUGGAUGUCAAAAAACAUGAGUGGUCGAAAUAUUCUGUCAUUGCUCCUAUUUGUGACUUCUUCCGUUGCAGGGGUACUAUUGAAACGGGAGAGCUAAUAUUUGAACAAUUAUAUUAUGGUGACCACUUUUCAAUUCUCUAUUACGAUCCCAAAGAAGACAAGGCUAGAAGAGUUGACCUCGACAGCAGAGGUGAUACUAAGUAUAUUGGUCGGAAAUUAUUCCUGGGUCACGUAGAGAGUCCUAUGUUUGUUCCAAGGAAGUUUAUCCAUUGA